UUAUAUCUCACUUCGGGCGCGUCGCUUGCUUUGCUUGACGACGUUGUUGCUACUAAAAGGGCUUGACAAUGCCAUCAAGCUGUAUUUUUGAGUUUGAUCGCCCUGAACCUAUUUACUAUAGUGGAGAAACGAUCAAUGGACGGGCCAUUCUCACAACAACAACCGAAAAGUCAGUAAACGAGGUGUACAUACUUUUCGAGGGAGAGGCGAAGGUGCGAUGGGAUGAGCAAAAGUCUAGAACCAGUAAUGGGAAAACUGAGCACUACACGGAGCAUUUUCGGGGCAAACAGACGUACCUCAACACUCGCACCAAUGUCUUCGGAUCCGGAAAUCUACCAGCUGGUACGCACACCUACACCUUUUGUAUUCCCUUGCCUCUGGAAUGUCCCUCCUCGGUGGUGGUGCAGUACGGCAAGAUCUGCUACGAGAUAUCCGUAAUCAUCGAUCGCCAGUGGCGCUUCAACAACGUCUUUAAGCAGCCACUGACAGUACUGCAGACCUACAACCUAAACAUGAGUCCAGAAUUGCUAAUGCCCCUGCAGCGAGAGGAUGUUAAGCACUUCUGCUGCUGGCCCUGCAGCUCGGGACCGGUUCUUUCUACCCUCACAAUACCCUUCGGCGGCUAUGCACCCGGGCAGAAGAUCCGCUUCACCUUGGAAAUCGACAACCAGUCCAGUGGCUAUGACUUGGACGGUAUUGAAGUAAAACUGAAGCAAAUCUACAAGUUCCAGGCCCAAACUCCCCACCACAAGACUCGCGAGCAGGAGCACAGUCUGAACAAAAGCUGUCAGCAGGAACGGGUGCUGCGGCAAUCAAAAAAGAUUAUCGAAGGUGCACUAGCUAUUCCGGCGGUGCCGCCCUCUUCCCGCUCUAAUGGCAUCAUAUCGGUCAGCUAUCAAGUUAUUCUGUCAAUCGACAUGGGCGACUGCCACGUGGACUCGGACUUCAAAGUGCCUAUUGUCAUCGGUACCAUUCCAUUGAUCCAGAGCGCAGUAAAUCCCACGCAGGCGGCAGAGUGGAUACCCCAGACACCAGACACUCCGGCCGGAGCUGCUGCCGACCUGCCGCCCAGCUACGACAAGUGCAAACCACCGACGUUCGAGGAGGCCACAAAUUUUGGAGAAAAGUUUAUUGAUAUCGACGUGGACGAGCACAACCGCACGGAUGACUUUAUACCCCGUUACCCGAUGUACACAAACUUUGCCUCUCCAUCGGCCCCACCACUUACGACGGACGAGCCGGAUUCCCCUCUUCUACAAGGGGCUCCUGUUCUGUCGCACCCGCAUAAUGCCACUGCCCCAGUAAUCGGGGGAAACUCCAACGAUCGCCCCUCAGCAUCCUACGGUUGGAGCUCGAACCCAUAAAAACGUUUAUGCAUCUCAUACGUAAGAUAAUUGAAGAAACUUUAUUUGUCUUGACAAAACAAUAUAUUUUACUCGUUCACUUAGCUUAGCUUUUUUGCGCACAUAAAGAUGAACCUUUCUACCUCUUGUAAUAUUAAUUAUCAAAAUGCUGAUACAUUCAAAAUCUAUAUCAUUUUAUAACUUUUUUCCUGAUGUGGCCAAAAAUUUAGUUGUUUUUAAGACUUAAACCACAAAUAGAACUAGAUAUUCGUACAAUAUUUGUUUUUCAAAAUUUUUAUAAUGAAGUUUAAAGCACUAAGGUACUUAAUUACUUCUUACAAACAUCAUCCAUCUAACUACGCUUAAAAAAUUUGUUUGGUAUUAAUAAGAGCUUUUUGUUUUUAUAUCCAGAAUCUCCAUAUUUAUACUAAUUUGUUAAAGGAAGCCAUAAAUCUACAUUAAGUAAGCAAACACAGUGCUUUGGUAAUGAAAUAUACAAAAUUUGUGUGUGCUUAUAUAAAAAAUUAAUAAAAUAAGUUUAAACGUUGUUAAAAAAUCCACCCAGAAGAAAAGUACAGUAUAAUCAACAAUUUUUAUAAUACCAUUAUAUGCUUUAUUUAAUUAUACACGUAUUUAAAGUAAACAUUAUUUAAAUGGUAUUGUAAUAUGAAAAGAGUAAAAAGAAGAAGCAGUUGAAUUGAUGCGAGCCAUGGAAAUUAAAAAAAUAAAGCGGACAAAGCAUUAAAAUUUAA